CCCUCUCUCUUUAUAUAUCUGACACGGCUUCUUCCCCUCGCAGGCUACGAGUGGAACCGCUCUUCGCCGCUGCGAUCGUCGCCCGACACAUCGUCUUCCAUGUAUCCCGACCGGCCCAUUCGCCCUCUACCGAGUCGCUCUCUACGCGCCCGCCUGUCUCCCGAGCAGGCGGAGACGAUUGUCUACCCGCAAAACCCGCCGCCCACGGGCCCGCUCUUCAACUUUCCCUACAUGGCGGAUGAGCGGGUGCGCCCUCACAGAACAGGCACCAAUGACCACCAUGCCUGCCACUGUGGCCACACGCAUUCCGAGGUAGAGAGCGAGGAGGAAGAGGACGACCGAAAUGGCCCGCUGCCUGCGUCGCCGAGCUUUCAGUACAGCAGGCACCCGUCUGGGAAGCCUGCAGCCGGCGCUACGGGUGCCUAUCGCAAGCCAGGUUCGCCGUCGUCUUCGGUGGACGGCUAUGAGUCGUUUGAGAACACCAACAACAAGAAGAAGCGCAAGAUCCCCAACAUGGGCAGCAACGGUUCCCAUCACGCGACUCUUUCGGCGGACCUGGCCAGCAUGGGCGUGGCACACGCCCAAGAGGCAGGCACAACGGACGAUGUUGAAGGCGAUGGUGUUGCGCGCUACUACGGCUCGGCGCCGUCUACACCCCAGCAUAAUACAAAUUCAGGAACUGGCAUCUCGGGCGCAGGCAGAGGACGCUUCGGUCGCUCUGGCUCGGGACGAUCAGAGAGGCGCGCGCUAGCCACCUCUUCGACGCUCGCCAACGCCAAAGCGAACAGUAAACGUCCCCCGGAGCAAAGCGGCAUCAUCUCUACUGCCAUCGCAAACGCUGCAGCCACCCCGCCGCCCCACGGCAACGAGAACGUGAGCCUCUUGCAGCAGGAGGCUGCCAAGAACAGUGCAAAUAAGACGCAGUUUACUUUUACUUGCGGCUCUGACUCGGCGAAUAAAAUGGUCUGGCCCGGCCAGGAAAACGGCCAGUAUCCCCAUCCCCCGGGUGCAUACCCCAACACGGCCGUCAACCAACCCCACUCGCAAGCCGUUCGCGCCCGCCCACCUGUCCGCUCUGAUGCUCCAAUGGUGUCUACGCAGGGCACGCAGACCAGCCCCAAUAUGAAUGAGGCCGGUACAUACCCUCCCCCGCCCCUUCCCAAUGGCACUGCACGGCGACCGACGGUACCCCCGCCACCACAGCAAGCUCCGCCGCCGCGAAAACCCCGCCGUAGCGCCUCGAAGCUUUACGAGUACGCCGCACGCAAGCGCCGCAUUCAGCAAGAAUACGCAAACUUUCACAACCCACCCACGCAGCCAUGGAUAUGCGAGUUCUGCGAGUACGAGGAUAUUUUUGGUCACCCCCCAAUGGCUCUUAUCCGCCAGUACGAGAUCAAGGACAGGAAGGAGCGCAAGCGUCUGGCGGAGAAGCGUCGUCUGUUAGAGAAGGCUAGGAUGAAGGGACGCAAGGGCAAGAAGGCGAGCAAAAAGGCACAGAACAAUGCAAACAACGCUCAGCACAACCAGAACCCUCCACCAGGUGGAUAUGACCGACGCGACGACGAGGGCUCCUUGGACCCGCAGGACGAGUACUAUGACGAUGACUACGACGAACCCAUCUCGACGUGUCCACACGGUUGCCAACACCACCCGCAUCCUACUCAUCCACCCCCGCAAAAGGUUCCGGGCUUGCCUCCUGGAGACCCCCGCGUGGGAGGGCCGCCUGUGACGAAUGGCGCCUAACAAGUGGACGAGGCGGGGUGGGCCGUCUGUGUUCUUGCAUUAUGUCUUGUUUUCCUGUCUUUUCGCGUCGCCUUUAUGCUUGGGGUUAUUGCAGCAGUGGGUCGGAUAUCGAGGUGUGGCUUAAAAAGAAUCUUCGAGGUGAAGGGUGGUUGAGCACAUGGGAUAUCAUCUUCUCUUUGGAACCCCACAACUGGAUAGCGCCAACGACACCACUCGGAUGACCCCAGCAUGAGGCGCACCUUUUUCCCCUCUUGUUUGUUUUCUAGCGUUCUAGCAUUGUUUCCAGCAUUUCCCCGGAGCCCCUGCACAUUCGGUCGUUUCCGACUCUGCAUCACAAACGAUUACGACAUU